CAGCGCGCCAGUGUCAUGGCGUCUCCCUGGGAAGGGGUCGUGUCUGCUGUUAAAUAACAACAUCCCGUGUCUCAGGAUCACAGCGUUUUAUCCUGCAGCAUUGAAUAUAUAGAAUUAUAUAAUAUAUUAUCAUAUAGGACGUGGAUAUGGGGACAGUGCACGCGAGGAGUAUGGAUCCUGUCCCAAUGCAUGGGCGAGACCUGGGCAUUCACCCUGAUGACCUGGAAGUGGUAGAAGCUCAGCAAGAGCCCAAGAAGGAAGUCUUGGAAAAUAAAAAUGUUGUGGUGCAACACGUCAGCAUCGAAGGCUUGGGGAGAACUAAAGAGGACUACCUGGGCUAUGAGAUCUCCGAUGUCUUCAGUGCCAAGAAUCUCAUCGAUGUGAUGAAGAAAUCCCAUGAAGCUCGGAUGAAGCUGCUCCGUUUGGGCAUCUUCAAAGAGGUGGAAGUCCUUAUUGACGUCUCGGAAGGAGAUGAUGCCUUGCCUAACGGUCUGGAUGUGAUCUUUGAGGUGACGGAGAUGAAGAGGCUGACUGGCAGUUAUAACACUAUGGUUGGAAACAAUGAGGGAAGCAUGGUGCUUGGCAUUAAGCUGCCUAACAUGUUGGGCCGUGGAGAGAAGCUCACCUUCCAGUUUUCUUACGGGACUAAAGAGACAUCAUACGGCUUGUCUUUCUUCAAACCCCAGUCUGGUUGUUACGAACGCAAUUUCAUACUAAACCUUUACAAAGUGACUGGUCAGUUUCCCUGGAGUUCACUGAAGGAGACGGACAGAGGAGUUUCCACAGAACUUAACUUCCCUCUGUGGAUGACCGAUCACACACUGAAGUGGGAGGGUGUGUGGCGCGAGCUGAACUGCCUCGCACGCAGUGCAUCGUUUGCCGUGCGAGAGGAAAGCGGCCACACGCUUAAAUCUGCUCUCUCGCACACGAUGGUGAUCGACACCAGGAACUCUGCCAUCCUUCCACGAAAAGGAGCCUUACUGCGGAUCAACCAGGAGCUUGCAGGAUACACUGGAGGAGAUACAAGCUUCCUGAAAGAAGACUUUGAGCUGCAGUUAAACAAACCAUUUCUCUGGGGCUCUGUGCUUUCGGCUUCUCUCUGGGGAGGAAUGGUCCUUCCUAUUGGGGAUCAGCUCGUCUCCAUUGCAGACAGGUUCUACCUCGGUGGUCCAACCAGCUUAAGAGGAUUUGGCAUGUACUGCAUCGGUCCGCAAAGUGAAGGUGACUACCUGGGUGGAGACGCAUAUUGGGCUGGGGGGCUCCACUUGUACACGCCUCUUCCGUUUUGCCGUUCCCGCGGUGGUUUCGCUGAUCUCUUCAGAACACACUUCUUCCUCAAUGCUGGAAAUCUCUGCAACCUCAACUACGGGGAGGGUCCACACGCGCACCUGCAGAAAUUAGCGGAAUGCAUUCGCUGGUCCUACGGCGCAGGAAUCGUCCUCCGGUUGGGAAACAUCGCAAGGCUAGAACUUAAUUACUGCGUUCCCAUGGGGGUUCAGAGCGGAGACAGGAUAUGCGACGGCGUACAGUUUGGAGCUGGGAUCCGUUUCCUGUGAUGUCAUCGCUGAGUCCUGGUGGCAGGAAGUGUGGGCCUGGAUGGGGUGUAGAAAUGCCAGAAUGAGAUCCCUCCUGCAUGGGGCUUCAUAUUCUAAAGACAAAAAUUCUUGACAAUUGUUGGUUUUGUUGUGAAUUAGGACCUGUUAUUUAUGUGUAAUAACAGGUGCUGUAUCCCGAAAGUGUGGAGAGACUUCAACUGAUGAUGUUCGCGUAAAGUAAAGGCACCCGAUAUAAAGUAAAACCUCGGCCAAUGUUAUUGUUUUAUGAUCUAAAUUUAUCAGAAGAUUUCAGAAAAUCACCUUGUGUUAAAAUCCCAAUAUCGUAUCGUGAACUGACUGUUCAGAGUAAAACCUUCUUCAAGUCCUUAUUUAUUAUUUAAGUGAAGUGGUUCAGUGUAGAGUUCUGACUGUGGACUUCCUCCUUAUCGCCCGAACACAUAAAAGCAUUGAUUUCGUGUAUUGACUUCUUUUCAUUAUGUAGCUUUUGUAAGUCUGCACAAAAACCCACCAGCACUGCUUUUAUUGUGAGACCUCUUUAAAACUGUCAAGAUGUACACCGAGUAUGAAUAAAUCACAUUUCACCCCCUUUCAAA